AUGGCGUCCUUCAAGCACUUCCCCCAAGCCCAAUCCAAAUUCGAGAUCCCCCAUCUCGCAGGCGGCAACACAUUCAUCGGCGACAUCCACUCCACGCCCGAGGGCGCCGAGAAGCCCCUGGCCAUGGGUCUCUUCCGCGUCAACAAGGGCGAGCCUCUCACAUACACGUACAAGUACGAUGAGUGCAAGAUCAUCCUCGAGGGCAACUUUGUCAUCGAGGACUCGACGGGCCAGAAGGUCGAGGCCAAGGCUGGGGAUGUGUUUUAUAUCCCCAACGGCGCUACGCUGACUUUCACGUCGCCGGAUACGGGGUUGGCUUUUUAUACUGGUGCGCGAAAGAUUGGUGAUCUAUAG